CAAAACAAGAGAGCGAGUUUGAAAGAAUCAACUCAUCAUCAUGAGUCAGUGUUUGGUACCAAAUUGGAAUCUAAAGCGCCAAAGACCAAGACAACAACAUGUCGAAGAAGACGAUGAAGGAGAAGAAGUCCACAGAUCUUCGUUUAACAACGUUGUCCCCUUGUUCAACUACGAAGUUGCAGAGCAAACAUGGCGAAAUGGCCAGUUAGCCGCCAUGCAUGGGCUCAACGGGUUCCUCCGUACUGCACCAACAACAAAGCCACCAUGUAGGUCAAGUGACACACUAGAGUCCAUAGUCCAUCAAGUCACAUGCCAGAACCCAAACUCGGACCGGAUCACCCCAGCAAACAUAGUCGGUGCAUCGUCCGGCGGAGAAAGCCUCGGUCAAUUACCGAAGAAACGGGCUUGGUCGAUAUCGGAAUCAGAUCCAUGCAGGAAACACAUAAUAAGUUGUGGGAUUCAUCAAGAAGAUAGAGGUGACCGCAGUGCAUGCGCCAGUGGUACAUUUCACAAGGUCGAUAACGAUGCGACGAUGCUGACUUGUUCCCGUGAAUCUCUUCGGAGCUUGAAAACGAAAACCACCGACGGCAGCGACUCUGGUUUCCAUGAUGGAUCGGAAAGCCGAGAUGAAACAGGUCGAUCUCAGUCAACGAGACGAAGUCGAGCAGCAGCUAUUCAUAAUCUGUCUGAAAGGAAACGGAGAGAUAGAAUUAAUCAAAGGAUGAAGACCCUACAGAAGUUGGUGCCAAAUGCGAGCAAGACAGAUAAAGCAUCAAUGCUUGACGAAGUGAUAGAAUACUUGAAGCAACUACAAGCACAAGUUCAGAUGAUGAGUAUGAGAAGCAUCCAUCCCAUGAUGAUGAUGCAUCUAGGUCUGCACCAGCAGCAGCAGCAGCAGCUGCAGAUGUCUGUUUUAAGUAGGAUAAUGGGAGGCAUGGGAGUUAACCAUCAUGGUUUAGGAAUGGGCAUGGGAUUGCUAGACAUCAACGCUGCCGCCAUGGCUCGCAACGCUUCCCAAUCUCUUUUGCAUCUUCCGCCGCCCUUCACGACAGCUGCACCACCGCCUAUGGUUCCUCCAGGAGCCGUGGCCUCCGCUGCAGCAACUCAAGCGAAUGCAAGUGGCAGUUCUAAUGCCCCCAUCCCUUUGCCUGACCCGUCUUGGGCUUUCCUAACUCAAUCGAUGAACAUGGAGCUGUACAAUAAGAUGGCAGCAGCACUGUGUCAGCCUCAAACGAAUCGAACAGAGACAGCUAGCAGUCCAUUGCCAUCUAACAACGUAGAAGAGGAUUGAGAUUAAUCUUUGUAUAACAUAAACCUAGAUUUGUUCUAGUCUUAUAAUUGCAUGUUUGUUUUU